UGUAAAAUUUGUUUUGACGUUUAGAGGUUAUGUUAUUGUUGAUGAAAGAAUGCAAAAUUAAGUAAAACACUUGUUAAUUAAACAUAAAGUGCAUUAUUAUAAGUAAAGCAGGUGGUGUAAUAUUUUAUUGUGAACACUUUUACUGUACUUUAUUCACCAUGGGCAAAAAAGACAAGAAGGGACGUAAGCGCUACGAAUCGAGUUCUGAUUCCGAGUCUAUCGACAGUGAGGAAGAAGCUCGUCGUAAAGACCUGAAAGAACGUGAUGAAUUCGCCAGUAGACUUAAAAAACGUGAUGAAGCUAAAGUCCGAAACAUUGUCCAAGCAUCAGACCGAAGAGCUUAUGAAGAAGCCGCCAAGAGGCUCAAAAUGGAAACGGAAGAUCGCGAAAAAAUGAUUCCUGCCUUAAGGGUACAAUCAAGACGGAAAUAUUUAGAGAAACGUAAAGAUGAUAAAAUUGCGGAACUGGAAGAAGAUAUUGCCGAUGAUGAGUACCUUUUUGAAGAAGAAAUUUUAACAGAACGAGAGAAAAAGGAACGUGACCGAAAGAGAGAAUUGUUGAGGUUGGCACAGGAACAUGAAAAAGCGCGUGAACUGGAAAGGGUGCAGAGGUAUCACAUGCCUAGGGAUUUGGGUAAAGGCUCAACAGCGGAUUAUGUGGAAGUUGAUGAGUUUGAAAAGGUACCGCAAUCGGAACAGAAGAAAUGGGAGAAGGACCAAAUGGCAUCGGCGGUCUUCAAAUUUGGGGCUAAAGAUUCCAUGAAGAAAGAUGAAUAUGAUUUACUUCUAGAGGACCAGAUUGACUUUAUCCAAGUUUUGCAAAUGCCAGGUACAAGAGAGAAAAAAGAGCCCGAAUUAACUGAAAAAGAAAAAAAGAAGCUCGACAUCCAAGAAACGAAGAAAAAUCUCCCAGUUUACCCAUUCAGAGACGACUUGAUUCAAGCCGUUCGCGAACAUCAAGUCUUGAUAAUCGAGGGUGAAACCGGCUCUGGAAAAACAACCCAAAUUCCCCAAUACUUACACGAAGCCGGUUUCACCAAUGACGGUAAAAAAAUUGGUUGUACUCAACCUCGACGAGUCGCUGCGAUGUCAGUGGCGGCUCGUGUAGCCCAAGAAAUGGAAGUGAAACUCGGAAACGAAGUCGGAUAUGCAAUCAGAUUCGAAGAUUGUACGUCUGAACGAACCAUUAUUAAAUACAUGACAGAUGGUACUCUUCAUCGCGAGUUUUUAUCAGAGCCGGAUUUGCAGUCUUACAGUGUUAUGAUAAUCGAUGAGGCCCACGAAAGGACGUUACAUACGGAUAUUUUGUUCGGUCUAGUCAAAGACAUCGCCCGGUUUCGACCCGAUUUGAAAUUGUUGAUUUCGAGUGCGACUCUUGACGCCCAAAAGUUCUCCGAGUUUUUCGACGAUGCCCCCAUUUUCCGGAUUCCAGGACGUCGAUUUCCUGUUGAUAUCUACUACACUAAAGCCCCUGAGGCGGAUUACGUUGACGCUUGUGUCGUUUCCGUUCUCCAAAUCCACGCGACUCAACCUUUAGGUGACAUUCUUGUAUUUUUAACCGGCCAGGACGAAAUUGAAACUUGUCAGGAAUUACUACAAGAUCGUGUCCGCCGUUUAGGUUCCAAAGUUAAGGAAUUGAUGAUUUUACCCGUCUAUGCGAAUCUCCCAAGUGACAUGCAAGCGAAAAUCUUCGAACCGACUCCUCCAGGUGCCCGAAAAGUCGUCCUCGCGACAAACAUCGCCGAAACAUCUUUAACUAUAGACAACAUCAUUUAUGUCAUCGAUCCCGGUUUUGCUAAACAGAAUCAUUUCAAUUCGCGAACGGGAAUGGAGAGUUUGAUUGUGGUACCAAUUUCGAAAGCGUCGGCCAAUCAAAGAGCCGGGAGGGCGGGUAGAGUGGCCGCCGGCAAAUGUUUCCGGUUGUACACCGCCUGGUCGUAUAAACACGAGUUGGAGGAUAAUACAGUGCCGGAGAUACAAAGGAUUAAUUUAGGGAAUGCUGUGUUGAUGUUGAAGGCAUUGGGGAUUAAUGAUUUGGUGCAUUUUGAUUUUCUUGAUCCGCCACCACAUGAAACACUUGUGUUGGCGCUGGAGCAGUUGUAUGCAUUGGGGGCGUUGAAUCAUCACGGGGAGUUGACCAAAUUGGGGAGGAGGAUGGCAGAGUUUCCGGUUGAUCCGAUGAUGGCGAAAAUGUUGCUAGCUUCAGAAAAAUACAAAUGUUCAGAAGAGAUUGUGACCAUAGCUGCAAUGCUUUCGGUCAAUGGAGCGAUUUUUUACAGACCCAAGGAUAAAAUCAUUCAUGCUGACACAGCACGAAAAAACUUCAAUCACAUCGGGGGUGACCAUUUAAGUCUGUUAAAUGUGUACAACCAAUGGAGAGAUUCCGAUUAUUCAACUCAAUGGUGCUACGAAAAUUUUAUACAAUAUAGAUCUAUGAAAAGAGCUCGCGAUGUUAGGGAACAGUUGGUAGGUUUAAUGCAAAGAGUUGAAAUCGAUAUGGUUUCAAAUGUUACCGAAACUGCAAACAUUAAAAAGGCUAUAACCGCCGGUUAUUUUUACCACAUUGCUCGCUUAUCGAAAGGGGGGACUUACAAAACGGUUAAACAUAAUCAGAGUGUCACAAUACAUCCCAAUAGCGCCCUUUUUGAAGAUUUACCAAGGUGGGUUCUUUAUCACGAACUGGUUUUUACCACCAAAGAGUUUAUGAGACAAGUUAUUGAAAUUGAAAGUAAGUGGUUAUUGGAGGUUGCUCCUCAUUAUUACAAGCAAAAGGAAUUGGAGGAUUCCACUAACAAAAAGAUGCCAAAGACUGUCGGGCGUAGCACUAGAACUGAAUAAAGGUUUUUUAGAAUCGGAAAGUUUUGAUUACCUAAUUUUUAUUACUUGUAUUAAAGAAAAAGUAAUUGAGAAAUUUUAAAAGUAAAAGACAUUUCAUUAAAAAUUAUGUAUUUGUAGUACUUAGUACACAACGAUACAAAUGCAUUUAAAUAUUUAUACAGGGUGAUUUUCAAAAAACGGCAAGCACUAUAGAAUUUAUAUUUAUGACCAGAUUUCAAAAAUUAAUAGUUAUUUAUUAU